AAUGAAAAACGUAAACAAACGACAGAUUCUUCUGCCACUUUGGCAAGCAAAAAACAAUGUCGCCGAGAUUCAGAGAAAAAGAAAACCGUUAAAAAAAGAAAAGCUAAAUCGUCAAAGCAAGCGGAAAACGAUCUAGAAACGAUCGCAUCCGAUGAUUCAGAAGUGGAUUUCGGUUUAUCAUUGAAAUACAUCUGUUCGUAUGGAUGUCGAUAUCGUAGUACAUCAAAGGAUAAAGUUAACAAACAUGAACAAAUUGUACAUAAUGGUAAACAACAUAAAUGUUUGCAGAAAAAUUGUACUGAACAAUUUCAAUUCAUCUUUGAUUUGCAAAAACAUUUGAAACAAUUUCAUAAAAUUUUCCAAUGUUCAAAUGAAAAAUGUGCAUUAUUAUUCCAAGACGAGAAUAAACUGAAUCGACAUAUGAGGAUGGAACAUGUAGAUGAAUAUCUGACAUGCAAAUCAUGCAAUAAAAAAUUUCGAAACGCUGAAGCCAUAAGGAAACACAACUAUCUAUUACAUGAUACUGGUGAUUAUCGUUGCGAUCAUGAGGGAUGUGAUUUUUCCACUACAUAUCGCCAUGAAUUAUUCACACAUAGACAAUCGAAACAUAAGCGUAAAAAAUGUCAAUUCACUGGCUGUGAUCGUUAUGUAUCGUUCACUUAUUACCCAAUACAUUUGCGUUUACAUCAAAACAUUCGUUCCUAUCAAUGUUCGUGGCCAGAUUGCGGAAAAACAUUUGUCGAUAAUAGUUCCUUGAAGAAUCAUGUUCGUGUACAUUUAAAUUUUAAACGUUUCCGUUGUAAAUGGCCCGAUUGUAGUUAUGCUUGCGAACAGAAAUCCAAUCUGAUCACACACAUACGUAUUCGACAUUUUAAGCUACCACAUACGAAAAAACGUCAAUUGGAAUUGAAUAUUUCGAUGGAUUCAUUUCCCAAUCCAAAUGAAUUUGUUGAAGCGAUUAAUGAAGAUAUUUCUGUCAAUACACCAACAAUGUAGAUAAUUGAUUUUUUCAAAUUUAAUUUAUAAUAAUUGAUUGAUUAUUAUGGAUUAAUUAAAUAAAUUUUUUGAAAACUCGAAUUUGAUUCUCAUAUGAUUCACACAAUAAACACAUAUGAAAUAUAAUGGCAUACAAUCGUUUUUAGAUGGCGCCAUCAUUGAUUCGAAAUAAUUGUCAAGUUCGAUUCGAUAUAUUUGAUGAAAUGUUGAAAUGCUACACAUUGUUUCAUCAUCAUCUCAUCUAUCUAAAAUAAUACAUGUCAAUAAUCAAUAAAU